UGUCGAAAUACUUGGAAACAGAUAAUUCCAUGUGAGCUCCUGCGGCGUUUGUUCACCUUCCUUACCAUACCAUACGUACGCCUUUGUCGAUUUUUUAUAUGGAAUACGCAAUUACCCAACAUGGAUGACAGUUUUGUAAAGGUUGGAGGAUCUCCCGAGGAGGUUAGAACUUAUAGGGCCCAUGUAUCGUCAAAAUAUCUCGAGCUCACGAGGAAGAAGCUUGAGGUUACGCGGUUGCCGCAUCAUCUCACGCUUGAGAAGGGGAGGGAAUGGGAGAUGGGCACGCCCAAGUCCAUCAUUGAGCCAUUGGUAGACUACUGGCUCGAAACAUACGAUUGGCGCAGACAAGAACAGUUAUUCAAUGAUACCCUCCCGCAAUUCCGCGUCUCUAUUACUCCUCCCGGGGCUGAGAACAAGAAGCCACUCCGCAUUCACUUCAUCCACAUCAAGUCGCGGUCCGCCAAUGCUAUCCCGCUGCUACUCCUCCCCUCAUUUCCAUUCACAAACCUUUCAUUCUCACCAAUCUUCGCCGCCCUCCACUCACCGGCAGAUGGAGGCCAAGCAUACGACCUCGUCGUUCCCUCGCUUCCCGGCCUCGGUUUCAGCGACCCAUUCAAUACCUCGCCGAACGACCCGCUCCUCGCCUCAACGGCCUACAUCUUCAACCACCUCAUGUCGAUACUAGGUUAUAACCAGUACUUGGCCACUGGCACCGGCUCUGCGGCAGCCAGCCCCGCGAACAUCGACUAUCACCUCCCCCGUCUCAUCGCCGAGAGGUACAGCUCAAAUUGCCUCGGAAUGCACAUCAUCGAUCCCGCAGUCCUAAGUCCGAGUCCAACAUCGGCACCACUAGGCUACCUAAAGUACUCCUUCGCCAAGUUCUUCCACGCUUCCAUAUUCGGCUACACCGCUGCAGACUGGGCAGCCUCAACCCGCCGUCCCUCCGACCAACCCAGCAUCGCACCCCCCAGCCCCGCCGAACUGGACGCCACCACCGUCUCCGAGCCCCUCGACCACACCCCCCGUCGACCCGUCCUCGACCGCCAAGGCACCGGCCCCUCCCUCCUCAAGCGCCCCGUCUUCUCCACCACCGACGAAGCAACACGCCUCUCCAAAAGCCACCUCUCCGGCGACCUGACCCUAACCCUCGCCUACGCCCUCUGCGACUCCCCCACCGGCAUGCUCUCCCUCACCCUCCUCGGCCUCGAGCGCAUAUCCCCAAACCACACCCUCACCAAGGCGGAAAUAACAACCAUCCUCCAGCUCGCGUGGCUGCCUGGCCCCGAAGCCGCGCUGCGGCUCUGGAGCGGCGCGGACGCAGAGGUGAGGAAGGAGGCUGCUGAGAGGACGGCACCGAGUGGUGGUGGGUGCCCGAUAGCUAUCACUGCGUUUGAGGGCGCGCUUGGCGACUCGGGGAGCUUUAAGAGUCCGGUGUGGGCGGAGACGAGGCAUCGCGUGGUGCAUAUCUCGCGCCGCAAGGGACUGCCGGGUCUGCCGUGGGAGAAUGCCGAGACUAUCGUUGCGGGUGUGAGGGAGCUGAGUAAGGCGGUGUGGACACAAGAUGGCCAGGCUGCGGGGUUGCAGGAGGCGGUGUCGUAUAUGGAGGGCCGUGGGAAGCAGGGCGGGUUCUUCGAUGCGGGUGAGGAGCUCGAUGCUGUUGGUCUUGCUCUGCAGAGGACGCAGAUGUCUGAGAGGGAUACGGGGAGCUCGGAUAGGGUGGUUCAGAUGUGGACGCCUGAGGGGUUGUCGGCUGGUGGAUCGCUCGAUGAGAUGAAUGGGAGGUUGGAGAUGGAGGAGGAGUAUUAUACGGACCAGGAGCUUGCUGGGACGUGGAAGGGUGAUGCGAAGGGGAAGCAGAGUCAGGAGCCGCUUGAGCCGUCGGAGAAGUCGAAGGGGAAGAAGAAGGGGAGGAGGUUGCAGCGCAGGAUGGGGGUGGAGGGGUGGGGUUAUAUCUGGGAGGAAUAGGGAAGGCGUUUUUUUGGAAUCAUUUGCCGCGUCGCCAAACUGGAUCUGGCGAUGGAGAGCGUAUCUGAUUUUGCGGCAUUAUUGCAUUAUAGAAGGGAUUGGGGAAAUACUAUAAACGGUAUAAGAGAGAUAUCCUUCACUUUCCUAUAUAUAUAUAUACAGUGUCUACAGGUCAUUGCAUAGAGUGUAAACUAGAAGCACGCAGAAUUGUACAAACGAGUCAAACAUUACUUCAAAG